AUGGUGCCGUUUGGUAUCCGCAUACUCUGGUUUGUUCUCUCCUCCGUGGGACUUCUUGUAUGCUGGGUCGUCUUUUUGGCCGUGGGCCGGGCGCUGGGGAACCUGUGGGCGCCGCUCGCAUACCUCGCCGCCUGCACCACCAUGCAAGUUACUUUUCUCCUCGGUAUGAUCUGGCGCAUGGAUACCCACCUCAUGCCAAAGUCGUUCUGCAUCGUUCAAACAACUAUGUUCACGCUCUCUGAUUUCAUGAUGACCGGCGUCGCCGUUACAUUCACCUGCGCGACCGCCAUGUGUGUGAUCAAGCCGAAGACAUGGGGGGAAUCGCAGACCAAUACCCUCAAGUGGCGCCCUAUAUACAUUAUGCCGGUAGUCGUGCUCCCCGUGCUACUCACUGCGGUUCAGACGGGGCUGUACAUCCACUUUGACGCAGUCGGCCCUUCAGGCGCGAUACACUGCGACGCCAACGAUCCUAUAUGGCACGUUGCCCCCCUCAUUCUGCCGGUCCGCUUCUUCGGCUACGCCGGCAUCCCCCUCCUCGCCUGCUUCCCCUGCCUCAUCCUCACCGUCGUCUCCAUCCGCCGCGUCUGGCGCACGAACGCGCACAUCCAGCGCUCGUGGCAGCAGGAGUUCAUGGCCGCUCAGGACCUCACCAACCCGGGCCAGCGGCGCCGCUCGCGCUCGAAGCUCCGCCGCCUCACCGCGCAUGUGAAGCACAAGUCGCUCACGGCGCACUCGGAGAGCGUGCCCGCGAGCUCGCCGGGCGGGUUCGUCCGCGCACACCACGGAGUGCGACUCGCCGACGUCGGAGACGUUCCCGACCUUUGCGAACCCGCGCUCGCGGUCACGCGUGCGCAGCGGGUCUCAAUCCCAGUGUCAGUCAGAGUCGCAGUGUCCGUCCCACUCUGA